CCUGUCCCUGUCAAGCUUUUGGCAGCCCUUCAAGAAACUCAUUUGUUCGGCAUGAAGCUUAUCAACGAAAAAAAAUUCUUAUCAGCGUGAGCUUAUUGGCACGCGACUCUCUGACAGUGCACUUUAUAUAAAACUUCAUAAAGAUCCUCAAACUGACGCAAGACCGUUGAGAUGAGCUUUUCAUUCCAGGUCAAUUAGGAAGCUGUGAUAAUGUUAGAAGGAAACCCUUUACCACAAAGUGCCGGUUAUGCCAUUGUUGUUGGGCUAGGUGCAGUCUUUGCAUUUGGUAUGAUUGCAGUCACUGCGAUGUUGAGACGUUAUCAAAAGGAAAUCAUCACUGCUGAAGAGUUCGCUACUGCUGGUAGAAGUGUCAAUACUUCUCUUAUUGCUGCUGCUGUGGUUAGUUCUUGGACUUGGGCUGCCACUCUUUUACAAUCCACUACUCAAGCUUAUAAAAAUGGUGUCUCUGGUGGGUUUUGGUAUGCUUCAGGUGCUUGUGUUCAAAUCAUUUUGUUUGCAACUUUAGCUAUUAAGGCAAAGCAAAUUGCCCCAGGUGCACAUACUUAUCUUGAAAUUGUCAGAGCUAGAUAUGGUAAGACUGCUCAUUUGGUUUAUACUUAUUUCGCAUUUGCAACAAACAUUUUGGUUACUGCUAUGUUAUUGGCUGGUGGUUCCGCCACGGUUAAUUUCUUGACUGGUAUGCACCCAGUUGCUGCUAUCUUUUUAUUGCCAUUGGGUACUGUUGUCUAUACUUUAUUUGGUGGUAUCAAGGCAACUUUUUUGACAGAUUAUGCACAUACUGUUGUGAUUGUUAUUAUCAUUUUCGUCUUUGCAUUUUCCGUUUAUGCUGCUAGUCCAUUAUUAGGUUCUCCAAGUGCAGUGUAUGAUAAAUUAACAGAAUUGGCUAAGACUCAUCCAAUUGAAGGAAAUCAUAAAGGUUCAUAUUUAACAUUCAAUUCCAAAUCAGGUGGGAUGUUCUUUUUAAUUAACAUUUCAGGAAACUUCCCAACAGUGUUCAUGGAUCAGGGUUACUGGAACAAGGCAAUUGCUGCUUCUCCUGCUGCUUCAUUACCAGGAUAUGUUCUCGGUGGGUUGGCAUGGUUUGCUAUUCCUUGCUUGAUCUCAACUUCAAUGGGAUUAGCCUGUAGAUGUUUAGAAGAUAGUCCAAGUUUCAUGUAUUAUCCAAAUGGGUUGAGUGCUACUCAAGUUGCUGAAGGUUUAGUCUUGCCAACUGCUGCUUACACUUUAUUGGGUAAAGGUGGUGCAGUCGCUUCUUUAUUGUUGGUUUUCAUGGCUGUCACUUCAGCUAUGAGUGCUGAAUUAAUUGCUGGUUAUAUCAACCCAAGGGCUUCAGGUAAAAAGCUAAUCUUGGUUUCUCAUGCUAGUUGUAUUAUUUUUGGUCUUAUUAUGAUUGGGUUUUCCAUUGGUUUGCACUAUGGUGGUGUUAGUAUGGGGUUCUUGUAUGAAUUGAUGGGUAUCAUUAUUGCAUCUGCUGUUAUUCCUGCUUCUUUAACAAUGUUUUGGUCAAGACAAAAUUGGGCAGCUGCAGUGAUUUCACCUGUUCUUGGAUCAUUGGUUGGGAUUAUUAGUUGGUUAGCUUCUGCUAAAAGUAUGUUUGGUUCAGCAAGUUACGAUAAUUUAUUUGAAGAUGAUCCAAUGUUGAUCGGUAAUCUUGUUUCAUUACUAUCUCCAUUAAUUUUUGUUCCAGUGCUAACUAUUUGCUUUAAACAUGAACCUUUUGACUGGGAAAUCUUGAAAGAAAUCAAAAGAGUUGAUGAAACUGAAGAAAUCAUGCAAAGUGAAGGUGAAGUCUAUGAUGAAAAAAAUGAUAAAGAAAAUUUAAACCCAAUAACUUCAGUUGCUACAGUUGGGAAACAAUUGGCUCAAUCAAAUAAAGAUAAAUUGUUGGAGGAAGAAACUGCACAUUUGGCCAAGUCUGCUAAAAUUGGUGGGUACCUUUGUAUUUUCAUGGCUCUUGCAUUUUUGAUUGUCUGGCCAAUGCCAAUGUAUGGUUCCAAAUACAUUUUCAGUAAAAAAUUUUUCACUGGUUGGGUUACUGUUUUGAUUAUUUGGUUAUUCUUUACUUGUUUUAUGGUUUGUAUUUAUCCAUUAUGGGAAGGUCGUCAUGGUAUUUAUACAACUUGUCGUGGGUUAUAUUGGGAUUUAACUGGUCAAACUUAUAAAUUACGUGAGUGGCAAAACUCCCACCCAGAACAAUUACAUGUUGUUCAAUCACAAAUUAGUGCUGCUGUUCAUGAAGGCCGUGAGGAAAAUGAAGAUAAAAUUAGGCAUAUUGAUGAUGAAUUGAAAUAGAGCAAAGGAGAGAAAGAGAUGUGAUUUUUAAACUAUAGUUUUGUGAUUUUUUUUUGCGAGAUAUUCUUUAGUCACCACUAAAGAGUUGAUAACUUUUGAAAAUAUAUGUUAUAUUGGUACUUUUAGGUUUCUAGAAAUGCUGUAGCCUUCGUUCAAUUAAAG